CUCAAUAACUCACCGUUUUCAUCAGUCGACGGGAGCCACGGCGUGCUGGUGUCAAUGGCCGUAUGUUGAGGGAUCAGAGAUGACGUCUGCUGCCUGCUUCUGCUGAAAGAGGAUUUAACCCUUUAAAGCACUUAUGGUCAAAACCACAGUUUCAGACAAAAAGUAACAUGAUGGAUGACACUGAACAGUGUGGAUACGGCAAAGCGUGGAUGAUAACUGAAAAAAAUUAAAUGCAGAACAAAAAUAAGGUUGGUGACACGAGGAGAAAAGUUGUGAAAUGGUCUCUAUAGAUGUUGAAACAUCCUGAGAGAGACUGUCAGGUGGUUUAUGUGAUUUGGAAAUUGUGGUCACUAUUAUAUUUUGUCCAUUCAAAAUCUUACUAAGAUUACUAUAAACUCAGCCUGACUACAUUAUGAUUCUUCAAAUGCGACAUGGUGCCCAUCUCCUCUGGAUUGGACUGGUUGUAUGUGCUGUGGAAGCUGGAGCUAGUCUCCGGUUUACUGGCGCAGAGGGACAGUGGGCCUCGUUCCCCAUGUGGAACGCUUGCUGUGAGAGCGAGAUGAGCUUCAGCAUGAAAACCAAGAAUUUAAAGGGACUUCUGGUGUACUUUGAUGAUGAAGGCUUCUGCGAUUUCCUCGAGCUGCACAUACAAGAGGGGAAACUCAGACUACGCUUUUCUAUUUUCUGUGCUGAACCUGCUUACGUACUUUCAGAUGUUGUCAUCAGUGACAACCAAUGGCAUGAAGUCACAAUCAGGAGGAACUUCAGAAACACUACACUCAUCGUUGACAAAGAAAUAAAGUGGCAGGACGUUAAGUCCAAAAGGCGGGAUAUGACUGUCUUCAGUCACUUGUUCUUAGGAGGGAUUCCACCAGAACUAAGAUUGAUGUCUUUACAGCUGACAUUGGACACUGUGAAGGAUCACACUGCCUUUAUGGGCUGGAUAACAGACUUGAAAGUCAGCAAUUCAGAGCCUUUCAUCAUUAACAGUGCCGGGGUAAGCACUGACCUCUGUGGCUCACACAACAUGUGCUUAAACGGAGGUGUAUGCAGUGUUGUCAAUAAUGAGCCUACAUGUGACUGCUCUGAAACCGGCUAUCAGGGAAAGGACUGCGGUGAAGGUCUGGCACACCUGAUGAUGGGCGACCAAGAAAUGGAAGAAUAUGUGGCAACAUUCAAAGGUUCAGAAUACUUCUGCUAUGAUCUUUCUCUGAACCCGAUCCAAAGCAGCAGCGAUGAAAUCACGCUGUCAUUCAAAACACUCCAGAGAAAUGGACUGAUGCUUCACACGGGAAAAUCUGAUGACUAUGUCAACCUGGCGCUGAAAAACGGAGCAGUGUCUCUUGUCAUAAAUUUGGGUUCUGGGGCGUUUGAAGCUCUGGUGGAACCAGUCAAUGGAAAAUUUAAUGACAAUGAAUGGCAUGAUGUAAAAGUAACAAGGAAUUUGCGUCAGGUAACAAUAUCUGUGGAUGGAAUACUGACCACCACAGGAUAUACUCAAGAGGACUACACCAUGCUUGGAUCUGAUGACUUUUUCUAUGUUGGAGGAAGUCCUAGUACAGCCGACCUGCCGGGAUCACCUGUUAGCAACAACUUUAUGGGCUGUCUAAGGGAGGUUGCGUAUGAAAACAAUGAAAUUCGACUGGAGCUGUCCAGACUAGCCUUUAAAGGCGACCCAAAAAUGAAGAUCCAUGGAGUUGUUGCCUUUAAGUGUGAGAAUGUUGCCACAUUAGAUCCCAUCACUUUUGAGACACCAGAAUCCUUCAUCACGCUUCCUAAAUGGAACACUAAGAAAACCGGUUCUAUUUCCUUUGACUUCCGCACCACUGAGCCCAAUGGACUUCUCCUCUUUAGCCAUGGGAAACCUAAGCAACAGACAAAAGAGGCCAAGAGCCUUUUCACACAGAAGGUAGACUUUUUUGCCAUUGAGAUGCUGGAUGGUCUUUUGUAUCUGCUUCUGGAUAUGGGAUCAGGCACAACCAAGACACUGGCUGUGAACAAAAAAGUGAACGAUGGAGAGUGGUAUCAUGUGGACUUCCAGAGGGAUGGAAGAUCAGGUACCAUCUCUAUCAACACAAUUCGCACACCAUACCAAGCCCCAGGAAACAGCGAGGUUCUUGACCUGGAUGAUAGCUUGUAUUUAGGAGGACUGCCAGAAAAUAAAGCUGAUAUGGUGUGUCCUACUGAGGUGUGGACUGCUCUGCUCAACUAUGGCUAUGUAGGCUGCAUCCGUGACUUCUUCAUCAGUGGUCAGAGCAAAGACAUCCGCCGCAUAGCUGAGGUGCAGAAAGCCGCAGGUGUAAAGCCCUCCUGCAGUAAAGAGGCUCCUAAGCAGUGUCUCAGUAACCCCUGCCAAAACAAUGGAGUCUGCAGGGAAGGGUGGAACCGUUAUGUGUGUGACUGCUCCGGGACGGGCAAUCUUGGUCGCUCCUGUGAGAGAGAUGCCACCAUUCUCAGUUACGAUGGCAGUAAAUUCAUGAAGGUCCAGUUAUCUGUAGCUAUGCAUACAGAGGCUGAAGAUGUUUCGCUACGGUUCCGCUCCCAGCGGGCAUAUGGUGUUCUCAUGGCAACCACGUCUCGAGACUCCGCAGACACCCUCCGUUUGGAGCUGGAUACAAGUCGCGUCCGGCUCAUGGUUAAUCUAGACUGUGACAGGAUAAACUGUACCACGACUUUGUUUUGGUGCAGUGUCACAGCCAGUGUUAUGGUGUCUGACAUCUCACCUCACUGCUCACCUCCGCUGAGCAGGCAUGAAGAGAUCAUCAUGUACUAUCAGUAUAUCAUCGUCAGUGCUCUCAGUGCUCAACUUAGCAUGUUCGGAUGGAAUCGCCUGAACACUGUCCAUUUGUCCUAG